CACUUAAAACGAAGAGAGCUUCCUGCGGAACCACGUCCCGGCGAGGCCCCGCGCGUCGCGCGCGCCGGGCUCGACGGGCACGCGGUCGAAGCCCACGCCGCUCCAGAACGGCAGCGCGCGCUCGUCGACGACGCGCGCAUACAAAUAAUCGUCCUCGUCCGACACGAACUCGCGCCACGCCCGCCAGGACGCGUCCGUCUUGAGGCGCUCCGCGACGGCGUCGACGAUGGCGCGGCCGGCGCCGUAGCGCCGCGCCCGCGGCGCCACGGCCACGUUCGCCACGGUGGGCACGUCCGGCGCGCGGAAGGACACAUCAUCAAUAUCGACGCCGCGCCAGGCGGCCGACGCCUCGGUGGCCGCCGUGCCCGCGGCGCCCUUGAAUCCCGGUGGUGCUGGCAACAAACCCACCUCGGCGCAGCCGACGACGUCGCCCCUCCGUCCAUUAACCUCCGCGACCACCAACGAGUGCGGCACCAAAUCGCCGCCGCGCAUGCCCUCGAACCGCUGCGCUAUCGUCGCGGCCCACUGCAAGCGUACGACCGGCGCCGGAUCGUCGUAGAACGACUGCGCCGCGACGCCGGCGAUGGCCCAGGCGUCGAGGAGGCGCGCGUCGCGGCAGACGACGGGUGUGCGCGUUCUGUCUGGCGCGAGUGCUCCAGCGGUGUGGAUCGUGAUCAGCCAGAGAGCUGUAACGCGAGGAUGCAUCGUUAUGUGAUGCGCACCGUCAGCUUGAAUCGCGCAAUGCAAUCGCGCAGCAAUGCAGUAUUUUGAAUCCAGCGAGAGCACCAAUGCGAUUAUCGCGUGUGGAAGCGCGCAGCCCGAUCCUGCCGCCGCAAUACCUCGUCUUCAAUGCCCCGCUGUCCUGCUAGUUGCAAUAGUAUCAACUGCAGGCGAAAUGCUGCAG